UUUCACUCUGGCGCCGCCGCCUUGCGCGCUCCUGCUCCGCCGCCACGGCCCGGGGGGCUGCCGGUCCCCGGUACCAUGUUUGACGGCGCCCUGCUGCCUCCGCUCGUCCUGCCGGUGCUGCUGCUGCUGGUUUGGGGACUGGACCCGAGCACAGCUGUCGGCGACGCGGCGGCCGACGUGGAGGUGGUACUCCCGCGGCGGGUGCGCCCCGACGACGUGCACCUGCCGCCGCUGCCCGCAGCCCCCGGGCCCCGACGGCGGCGGCGCCCCCGCACGCCCCCCGCCGCCCCGCGCGCCCGGCCCGGAGAGCGCGCCCUGCUGCUGCACCUGCCGGCCUUCGGGCGCGACCUGUACCUGCAGCUGCGCCGCGACCUGCGCUUCCUGUCCCGAGGCUUCGAGGUGGAGGAGGCGGGCGCGGCCGGGCGCCGCGGCCGCCCCGCGGAGCUGUGCUUCUACUCGGGCAGUGUGCUCGGCCACCCUGGCUCCCUCGUCUCGCUCAGCGCCUGCGGCGCCGCCGGCGGCCUGGUUGGCCUCAUUCAACUUGGGCAGGAGCAGGUGCUAAUCCAGCCCCUCAACAACUCCCAGGCUCCAUUCAGCGGACGGGAGCAUCUGAUUAGGCGCAAAUGGUCCUUGACCCCCAGCCCUUCUGCCGAGGCCCAGAGACCUGGGCAGCGCUGCACGGUUCUAACAGAAAAAAAGAAACCGAAGCGCAGCAGGGCUUCCCAAGACUGGCGGGAGCGGAGGAACGCCAUCCAACUCACCAGCGAGCACACGGUGGAGACCCUGGUGGUGGCCGAUGCCGACAUGGUGCAGUACCACGGGGCUGAGGCCGCCCAGAGGUUCAUCCUGACCGUCAUGAACAUGGUGUACAAUAUGUUUCAGCACCAGAGCCUGGGGAUUAAAAUUAAUAUUCAAGUGACCAAGCUUGUCCUGCUGCAACAACGUCCGGCUAAGUUGCACAUUGGGCACCAUGGUGAGCGGUCCCUGGAGAGCUUCUGUCACUGGCAGAACGAGGAGUAUGGAGGAGCGCGGUACCUCGGCAGCAACCAGGUUCCCGGCGGGAAGGACGACCCGCCGCUGGUGGACGCUGCUGUGUUUGUGACCAGGACGGAUUUCUGUGUACAGAAAGAUGAACCAUGUGACACUGUUGGAAUUGCUUACUUAGGAGGUGUGUGCAGUGCUAAGAGGAAGUGUGUGCUUGCCGAAGACAAUGGUCUCAAUUUGGCCUUUACCAUCGCCCAUGAGCUGGGCCACAACUUGGGCAUGAACCACGACGAUGACCACUCAUCCUGCACUGGCAAGCCCCACAUCAUGUCAGGAGAGUGGGUGAAAGGCCGGAACCCCAGUGACCUCUCCUGGUCCUCCUGCAGCCGAGACGACCUUGAACACUUUCUCAAGUCACAAGUCAGCACCUGCUUGCUGGUCACCGACGCCAGAAGCCAGCACAGGGUCCGCCUCCCACACAAGCUGCCGGGCAUGCACUACAGUGCCGACGAGCAGUGCCAGAUCCUGUUCGGCACCAAUGCCACCUUCUGCAGAAACAAGGAGCAUCUGAUGUGCGCCGGACUGUGGUGCCUGGUAGAAGGAGACGCCUCCUGCAAGACCAAGCUGGACCCUCCCCUGGAUGGCACCGAGUGUGGGGCAGACAAGUGGUGCCGCGCAGGGGACUGCGUGAGCAAGACGCCCAUCCCGGAGCACGUGGACGGAGACUGGAGCCCGUGGGGUGUCUGGAGCAUGUGCAGCCGAACUUGUGGGACGGGAGCCCGCUUCCGGCAGAGGAAAUGUGACAACCCCCCCCCUGGGCCUGGAGGCGCACACUGCCUGGGUGCCAGUGUGGAGCAUGCGGUCUGCGAGAACCUGCCCUGCCCCAAGGGUCUGCCCAGCUUCCGGGACCAGCAGUGCCAGGCACACGACCGGCUGAGCAGCAAGAAGAAGGGCCUGCUGACUGCCGUGGUGGUUGAUGAUAAGCCGUGCGAACUCUACUGCUCGCCCCUCGGGAAGGAGUCCCCACUGCUGGUGGCUGACAGGGUCCUGGAUGGCACACCUUGCGGACCCUACGAGACUGAUCUUUGCGUGCACGGCAAGUGCCAGAAAAUCGGCUGUGAUGGCAUCAUUGGGUCUGCGGCCAAAGAGGACCGAUGCGGGGUCUGCAGCGGGGACGGCAAGACCUGCCACGUGGUGAAGGGCGACUUCAGCCACACCCGGGGGACAACAGGUUAUAUCGAAGCUGCUGUCAUUCCCGCUGGAGCUCGGAGGAUCCGUGUGGUGGAGGAUAAACCUGCCCACAGCUUUCUGGCUCUCAAAGACUCUGGUAAGGGAUCCAUCAACAGUGACUGGAAGAUAGAGCUCCCCGGAGAGUUCCAGAUUGCAGGCACAACUGUCCGCUACGUCAGAAGGGGGCUGUGGGAGAAGAUUUCUGCCAAGGGACCAACCAAACUACCGCUGCACUUGAUGGUGCUGUUAUUUCACGAGCAAGACUCUGGAAUUCAUUAUGAAUACACUGUUCCCGUAAACUACACUGCUGAAAAUCAGAGUGAACCAGAAAAAUCGCAGGACUCUCUGUUCAUCUGGACCCACAGCGGCUGGGAAGGAUGCAGCGUGCAGUGCGGAGGAGGGGAACGCAAAACCAUCGUCUCUUGCACCCAGAUUGUCAACAAGACUACAACUCUGGUGAAUGACAGUGACUGCCCUCAAGCAAGCCGCCCAGAGCCCCAGGUCCGAAGGUGCAACUUGCACCCCUGCCAGUCACGGUGGGUGGCAGGCCCAUGGAGCUCCUGCUCAGCAACCUGUGAGAAAGGCUUCCAGCACCGGGAGGUGACCUGCGUGUACCAGCUGCAGAACGGCACACACGUCGCCACGCGGCCCCUCUACUGCCCAGGCCCCCGGCCAGCACCAGUGCAGAGCUGCGAAGGCCAGGACUGCCUGUCCAUCUGGGAGGCGUCUGAGUGGUCACAGUGUUCCGCCAACUGUGGUAAAGGGGUGCGGAAACGGACCGUGACGUGCACCAACUCACAAGGGAAGUGCGACGCAUCCACGAGGCCCAGAGCCGAGGAGGCCUGCGAGGACUACUCAGGCUGCUACGAGUGGAGAACCGGGGACUGGUCCACGUGCUCGUCGACCUGCGGGAAGGGGCUGCAGUCCCGCGUGGUGCAGUGCAUGCACAAGGUCACAGGGCGCCACGGCAGCGAGUGCCCCGCCCUUUCGAAGCCCGCCCCCUACAGACAGUGCUACCAGGAGGUCUGCAAUGACAGAAUUAACGCCAACACCAUCACCUCCCCCCGCCUUGCUGCUCUGACCUACAAAUGCACGCGAGACCAGUGGACCGUGUACUGCCGGGUCAUCCGAGAAAAGAACCUCUGCCAGGACAUGCGGUGGUACCAGCGCUGCUGCCAGACCUGCAGGGACUUCUACGCAAACAAGAUGCGCCAGCCACUGCCGAGCUCGUGACGUGCAGCCCGGGGGUCGCUCAAAGCUCAGACUCAAGGUCUGAAGCCUGGUACCCAGAGCACGGAAAGCCCGCCGUCCCCACCCCCCAGCGCACCAGCCCUGCGGCCACGCCUCCACAAGGCUGCCCCAAGAAUCCAACCACCUAGAACAUGAGCAUGGACUUGACGUUUGCCAUUAGUGCCUUGGUACUUAAUAUAUUGUUAGCCACUGGAUGGCUUUCUACAGCGAGGAAAAAAUAGGUAUGAGUCACAAAGUAACUUUGAGAUUCCAGGUACCUCGAAGGGAAGCACCUCUGGCAGCCAGCUGUGAAGAGAGAGAGACAUUUGCUGCUCCUGUCUCGGCUUGCUUUUGACGUUGGAACUCCCAGUGCUUGGUGGAUCAUGGAGGAAACAGCCCAAAAAUGAGACACGAUAAAAGAGGCUUUAUUCUGAAAGCCGGCGACACCCUGGAGGAAAGGGCAGGUGUUGGUGAGCCACUGUCCAGUCCCUGUUUCUCUUCAUCUGCCUUCUUGACCACAUGAGAACCAGGACGUUGCCUCCGUGCCCAGCUCUGAAAACAGUCUCUAAACCCUGGGCGUUGUCUUGGAAGUCUCAUCCCCGAGUGUGUAAAUCUCUGCAUGCCAACGAGGACACCAGUGCCACACAGUUCUCCACCCACCCAUGGGGGAAGGACAUCCAAGAGUGUCUGGGUUUGGGGAAGCACCUACUUUUCAGAGCACUGCUGUCCACCAAAGGGAAACAGAAGGCCCUUUCUUCAAGGUGCUGUGAAACGGGAAACGCUAGUCACGGCCAUGGGGUUGCUUCCUAAGGCAAAGGUGAGCUUGGGCCACCCUUGUCGGGGCAGAUGGGCACCUGCCCGCCUUCCUGGAGGUUCGGCUCUGGCCCACACUUCAAGCUUUGCACCUUAGAGAUGCUGUGCCAUGUCCCAAGGGCUUUCUACCGACCUUGGCCAUUUAUCUGAAGUUAGGACGACGUGUGGGACCUCUGAGGACGCAAGCCCAGGCUUAGGAUCUGCAGAGCAAGGCUGACUGCUCUACCCUGGCAUGCAGCUCGCUUUCUCCGGGGGCCACUCAGCCUGAUGUGCCGGGACCAGGUGAGGAGCGCCGUGUGGCCCGCCCUGCUGCACACCCACCAAGCCUUCCUGUGGCCCAGACUUUGUGGCACCCAUCACCGUCACGGCUGUCAUCGUUGACCCAUCUUUUUGGUGGGGCAGGGAUGAUGCAUGACGGAGAUCCUGCCCUCCUGCAGCCCCCACAUGCCUUCUAGCUGAGCUCUGCCCUCUCCAGAAGCCCAGAGCAAUGAGCAGGACAUCUUCUUUGAGAGCACAGAGGAUGGUAGAACCCCGCCUGCCCCCAGGAGGCCUGUUUUGCUCACUAACUUAGUGGGCAUUUCACGGGUGCUUAUGUUCUAGGAACUUCGCGUGAGAAACACCUCCAUGAUUUCAGACAGAAGGCCUCUCUGGGGUUAAUUUCCAUGGGAUCAUCUCCAAGUGCUUGAUUUACUGGUGCUGUUUGUGUUUUUGCUGUUUGUUUGAUGUCACAACCUUAGAGUUAGCUUAGAAAGAAAGCUCUCUGCCCUCUCCACCCCGUCGUCUGAGCUGUGCUGUUGUUGUUACUACCCCAGAGGCAGAGAAGCAGUAGGGACGUCAGAGAAUCUACUCACUUCCACUUGAAGCAAUGAGAAGUGCUGCCAGUGUUCCGUGGGUCUGUGGAGAGAAAUGAGUGUCAGGAUGGAGUGACCCACCUCACCCCGGGGGCCUGUGCAAAACACUAUCCUCCCCUCUCAGGCCUGGCCACUAGCACACUCCCCCAAAUCCCUCAAAUUCUUGGGGAGCUGAGGUUCCAUUUCCCUCAUCCCCAAAUGAACUGUUAAUUCCACUGAAAGACAGACUUCUGCAGCCCAGGAGCAGAGCCGGGCUAGCUCACUAAGGAAGCCUUAGCCUGGUCUCCUGCCUGGUCUGGGGGGGCCUCUAAAUACACCCCCUGGCCACCCUGGCAAGGGCCUCACAUCCUCAGAAUGAAAAUGAUUGAUUGAUAGAUUGAGUUAUUGUCAAACACCCCCAUUAGCCCCCCAAAGUCUACAUCUUUGGAGCUCUUUUAGCUCAUCUUGAAAUCCACCAGCCCGUCUUCUGUUUAUGGCACGAGCAGUGAUUCCGUGAACCCGUCGCGACAUUCUUUCCCACUAGACGCUGAUCACAGCAGUGAGGUUUCUGUAUUGUUAAUACCCUCAAGUACUGUACCUUUGUGCUUGCACACGUGUUACUAACUACAGUCUCACGAUCCGAUGGUGCUAUUUUUAUUGGUGCAAAACGAAACCCUCUCAGUUGACCACGGCUUGAUAUGAUCAGAACAGGAAAAGAUCCUCUAUGGCAACGCCAUUGUUCUUUUCUCCGUUCAGAGUCAAAUGUAUGUAUUUUCCAUUAGUUAACUUGCAUUACAUACUGUACCCAUGGUAUUUUUGUUUUACUUUUUGGUGCUGGUUUUGAAAGAAAAAAAAAAAGAUGAACAUUGGACGCCAUUAUACAUGAAAAAUUAAUCAUAUCAUUGGAAGCAAGUUGAAUAUGUGUAAUAAAAUGUUUUUCCUUAAUGG